AUGAUCCGAAAAUCAAAUAAAACGCCUGUGCCGUUCACUGUGUUUUUCUCAAGUUAGUUAGUGUAACUUUCUUUUUCAAUUCAAAAUGUUUAAAUUUUAUGAUAAAAAUUUCAGAUUUUCUCACUUGGCCCCUUCUGGAAUCUGAAAUCUCUUCAAAAAUGUCGGAUAACAUCGGACCUUUUGAAUUGUCGCAAGCUUUCAAAUUUUUGCUUGCGGCUCAACUUGAAACGUAAGUUUAGUUAUUUCAAAUUUUUUGGGCAGAAUUUUAAUCCUUUAAGUCGUUUUUUAGACGAAAUUUGAUACUUUUAUGUGUUUUGAACAUGUUUUUUGAAGCAAAACUUUUCGUUUUUUUCCAAAUGUUUCUUUGUUAAAUUUUUUCUUUGAUAUUAUAUAGAUUAAUUAUGUCAAAUGAAUGAUAAUAAUCAAUAAUAUCUUUUCAUUUGAGUGAAUUAUUGUCUUUUUCCUGGGUGUGGUUUUCUUUUAUUUAAUUUUUUUUUGAAAAAAAAAGAAAAAUCAUAUCGAUUAUGAAUUAUCAUUUUGAAACAGGCACCACCGUGGCCUCCUUAGCUCAGUUGGUAGAGCGUGAGACUUUUAAUCUUAAGGUCAGGGGUUCGAGUCCCCUAGGUGGCUUGAUUUUUUUCAAUUUUUUAAACUGAAAAUCUUUAAUUCUUUUGUAGAAUUGCGAUUGACGGAGUGAUGCCUUCAACUCACGGAGCUCUCUCAAAACUUCUUUGCUCUUGCUACUCAAAAGACGCCGAAGUCACCGAUUUUUAUCAACCAAAAACCACCGAAGAAGAUCCAGAAAACUCUACUACAACUACAACUAUUGUUGAGCAGAAAAAAAUUGAAAAAUUUCCCAAAAAAAUCGCUGUUGUCGAGGAGAAAAAAGAAAAUCCGAUAAUUGUGGAAGUUUAUGAUGAUACGGUAAGUGUGUGGAGGGGGGAGAAACAGUGAAAAAUUUCACUUUUUUUGGUCGGAAAUUAUUAUUAUUAUAUGGUUUGAGGGGGUUUCGUUUUCAUUACAAGACUAAAUAUUGAUUUUCUAAGUGGGCUUUUUGGCGCCAAAAAUAUUUUUUGUUAAAAGUUUUUUUUGGAUUGGAUAUAUAAAUCAAUUUUUUGAUUGAUGAAAUGAGAUAUAUUUUUUUCGAACAAAAAUCAUGUGGUUUUUUGGCGCCCAAAAAUCGAUAAUUAGAUAGCCACGCGGCAUUAAGAGAAUUUAAAACAAAUAAAAUAUUCAGAAAUUUUUUGAAACAUUUUUCGCCCAUUUCCUCCAAUAUUAUUCUUUGAGUCUUCGGCAAAAAAGUUUGAAACAGUAAAUUUUUUUCGAGCUAAAAUGGCACGUGGUAUAUUUUGAAGCCGAAAAAAUAUAUUUUAAGAAUUUUUCCAAAAAAUAAAAAUUUUGAAACAGUGGUUUUUUUAUUUUUGAAAAAAAACCGACAAUUUUAAUUUAAGUCUUUUCUCAUCCUUUUUUCCCUCAAGAUUUCCAAUUACAAAUCACAUACAAAUCAAAGCAAAACCUAAUCAUUUUGGUUUUUUUUGCUUUGGCUGUGUUAAUUUUGAAAAUGAAUGACCUUAUUUGAUUGAAAUUGGCGCCUUUUCCCCCUUUUUUCUUCUUCAUCUUUUUUCUUGAUUUUGCUGAACAAAAAUAAAUUUCAAUGACAAUUGAUUAAUGCGAUUUGGGAUUGGCUGGUCAAAGAAAGAAAACGAAGAAAUAUCCUUUUUUCUUUUUUGUGUGUGUGUGAUAGAAAUUUGCGAACACCUUGAUUAUUUUUUCGCUAGGCUUUUAGGCUUAGGCUUCAAUUUUUUUCAAAAACAUUCCAAAUUUUCUAGAAUUUUGAAAACAGUGAAAUAUUUCUCGAAGUUACACAACUUCCAGAACUUACACUAACUCAAUUAUUUUUGGAAAUUAUGUAUAGAGUAGCGUUUUGAAAAUAUCCGUAAUUACAGAAAUGCUAUUAAUUUUCAAAUUUUGUGUUAAAAAUCUUAUACAGAUUUUGAAACAGUGAAUUUUUUUCAUUUUCAAAAAAUUCAAAAAACUCGCCUGAAACUAGGCUGGCAAAAAAUUACCCGAAUACACUCAUUUCAGAAAUGCUCAAAAAUGGCUUACCCAUUUACACUACACGUUUUUAGAAAUGAUGCCCGUUUACACUAUUUUUAUUUAUAAGGCUACACUUUUACACCUUUACACUUUUACACUAUUUUUCUGGAAAAGAGUUGUUGAAAGUGCCAAAAAAGACUGAAAAAUAGUGAAAAAACAGUCAUUAUCUGAGAAUUAGCAGAGCCAAAGCAUAACAUCACAGAGAAAUUGAUAAUUCAAUGUUUUUUGUUCUGUUCAAGUCUGAAAAUCAGAGUUAUAUUAACCCAAAUGCCAAGAAAUGUGACUUCUUCAUUUUCUAAACAGGUUUUUAUAAUCCUUUUUCAUUUUCUGAAACUAUUUAUUAUUCGAAAAAAAACCUUUUUCUUACUCUAAAAUCCUUUAUUUUCGAACAGAACUCUUUUAUUCACUUUAGGAAACCACUGGUCUGUUUCGACAUUGAGAUUUUGACAUUUUUUUCUUUUUUCCAAGCCGGAGCAAAAAUAGUGUAUUCGUGUAUUAUUGUAAAAAUGUAUGUAGUGUAAAAGUGUAAGUGUAUUCGGGCAUUUCUGCAAACGUGUAAAAAUAAAAUUAGUGUAUAGAAAUACCCGAAUGCCUCAUUUUUGUCAGCCUACCUGAAACACAUUUUCAUCCCAGAAUUAUUUCAUGAAAACGUUUAUGAAAAUUUUGAAACAGUGAAGUUUUCACCAAAUUUUGCAAUUUUUUCCACGUAGAUUUUUAGCGCCAAAAUUUUUUAUUUCUCUUAUUUUUUGCACUUUUCUUGUACUUUUUUUGAUAUCACUUUAUGAUUUUGAUAUUAAUAUUUUCCAAAAAAAUUGCUAAUUUUUCAAGGUCGCUAAAAAUUUUGUUUUAACAAAAAAACUUCCUUGGAAAAUUAUGGGUUACUGUAGAUGAAUCACAAAUUUUUGGCGCCAAAAAUGUGACUUUUCGUAAUUUGAUAGUGAAGAAAGAAAAGGGAUAAUUUGCAGUUCCAAAUGAUUUUUGAAUGAACUUUGGUUUUGAGAAAAAACUAUUGAAAACUGGAUUUUAGACAAUCCACUGUUUCAAAAAUUAUAGAAAUAUUGAGAGGGUUUCAAAAAAUCUAAUAAUUUCAAUCUAAUAAUUUCUUGAACAUCGUUUUUCCACGUGACACUAAUUUUUGGCUUCAAAAAUCACACAAACUAUUUUGGUCUCAUCACGAUUCUCUUCUUCCCCUUUUUCUUCCUAAUUUCCGGCCGGUCGUGUCCCAAAAAACUUGAAUCAUGCUUAUUUUUCUGAUUAUUUUCUUCUCGGGUGCGCAAAGUAAAAAAAAAAGAUACAAACAUCAUUUUUUCUAGUUGAUUUUAUUCUAUUGACAUUUCUUCUCAAGUGUUGUGAUUUAUUUUUUUUGCGCGCGCCUUUGUCAUGAUUUGAUAUUUCUUGAUGUGUUCGUUUUGACGCAUGCGAUUUUUGAGCUAAUUUUUGAAAAUUUUGACAGAUAACACUUUGAAACAAUAUAUAAGUAAUUAAAUUUUUUCACUGUUUCAAAAAGUAUACUAGGUUUUUGUCUUUCUGGUGUUUUUAUUAAUGUUUUCAAAUAUCCACAUGGGAAAAUUCUUUCAAUUUUUUGAGAGAAAAAUUUGAAUGAAACCAAUGGAACAUUUUAGCAAUGAAAGAAAAAAUUCACUGUUUCAAAAAAUUUUGAAAAUUUGAUUCUUUCGUGAAUGUCUUGAAAAUUAAUUUUUAGUGCAAAAAAUUCAGAAAAAAAAGUUCACUGUUUCAAAAAAUUUAUAACUUUUCCAUAUUUUUUUUCAAAUAUACAAUUCUUUUCGAAAUAAUUUCAAACUGAAGCUGAAAAUUUUUUUCAGAAAAAUCACCAAAACCUGUAUUUUUCACACACUCUUCUUUUAUGAUUACAUAUUAUGAUCUUUUUUUCUUUUUUUUUGUGUGUUACUAGAAAGAAACAUGAUGAUCUUUUUUAUCGAUCCAAUAAUUUUCUGUUUUUUCGAGUGGCAAAAAACAAAAAGUUCGCGAUUAUUUUUGGGGGACACCAAUUAUUUUAUUUCAUUUUUUUGCAACACAUAAAAACUGUGUUCAGAGAUUUUUGGCGCUAAAAAUCCACGUGGCAUAGGGGCGCUUCAAAUUUUGUUACGUGGAUUUUUCACAUUAAAUGGUUAAAAAGUGUGAGAAUAAUUUUGAGAAAAAUACAAAAUUAAUAGGUUUUUCUUGAAACAGUGAUUUUUUCAAAAUAAACAAUUGAUUUUUUUGCACCAAAAUUUUGCUACGUUAUUUGCUUUCUGUUUGCAAGAAGCAUUUCUGAGAAAAUUCACAAAAAUUAAUACAUUUUUUCUGAAACAGUGCAUUUUUUCGAAUCAGGUGAUUGAUUUUUUGGCGGUAAAAAUUCCAGCUUCUCCUUUUCCGAUUUCUUAUAAAUCAAAAAAGCCAUCAAUCAAUCAAAAAUCAAAUCAAAUCGAAUCAAAUUUGAACAGCGCAAAAAAAAGAAGAGGGAUAUCCAUUUUUUAUGUUUCUUAUUGUAAAUACAAUUUUUUGCUUGUUUGACAAACAUUGUUUUUUCUCUGGGGUUUCUGUGUACUUUUUUUGAAUGAGAAAAAAUAUGGCCAAAAACAAGGUUGUAAAUUUUUUUGGUGGGAAAUUAAUUAGGUUUAUCGAUUUCUCUACCGGAAAUUGAAUUUUCAAAUUUUGAGUUUUGGUGCUAAUGAAUUCUCCAGAAAAUUUACUGUUUCAAAAAAUUAUUAUAUUUUUUGUAUUUUUCUCAAAAUUGAUUCGGACAAGUGCUAUCUGUCUGAAUGUUACUGAAUGAUCUGGAGUUUUGAUGAGUGAAUGAGUGCUAUAAGGUCAGAAAUUAGACAAAAUUUCAAAACAAUAGGUAGAUGUCAGCUAGGAAUUCGAAAUGAGAAAAAUGCAAGUUGCACGUAAAUAAAUUUACUGUUUCAAAAAAUUUAUAGAUUUUCUUCGUGUUUUUACUAAAUAAUAACAAAAAUCAUAAAACCAACAAAAUUCCACGUGGCAAAUUUUUUUUAGCGUCAAAAAUAUUCCCGAAAUUUCACUGUUUCAAAACAUUUUUUUAAAAAGUCACAAAAAAAAAGAUUUUUCAGGCCGCCAAAAUUUUUUUGACCAACUUUUCAUAAAUUUUUGAUGUUCUUCCCAGACCGCGAGAAAAAAAUUGGGUAGAAAAUUAUUAAUUUUUAUCGUUCUGGUCUUUUCUCGAAUUUUUUCUCGAAAAAUAUUUAUUUUUCCGGGUUGAUUUUUCUGGUCUUGGUUGGUUUUAACCACAAAAAAUAGUCACAAGUCUAUAAAUUAAUCAUUUUUUCUCUGCGUCUCUCACUCUCUCGAUUUUUGUGUAAAUUAAUUAAUUUUCUAUUGUUUCUUUUCUGCUGGAAAAAUUGUUUUUUUAGAAUAAAUAUAACCUUUGAAAAAGACCUUAAGGAUCUUAACCUUAAAUUAAUUAAUUUCAGAUGAUGAUCUCGACGCGGCCAAACAACAACAAUUCGAAUAAUAACAACAGGACCAUGAUUAUUGAGGAUGUUACUGAUGAUCCGGAGGUAAGUCAUUUUUGAGAGGGAUUUAGGAUAACUCGAAAAAAAGUUUUGUAAAAAAUUUCAAGAGUGGCAUUCUUUGGAGUUUGGCAAAAUUGUCAUGAUGAAAAACAGGCUCAAAACUAGUUUUCUCCUAAUUUUUGUUCUAUAAUUUUUUAAAAUUAAUUUCACUGUUUCAAAAAAAUCUAUGAAUUUAAAACUGAAAUUUAGUAAAUAAUCCCAACAUUGAUCCCUAUUUAACAAGAAAAAUUAAAUCCAGAAAAAGUUCACUGUUUCGAAACUUUCCUCUAUUCAUUUUCCUCAAUUUUUCCAAAAUAGAAAAAAAAACACAAAACCAACAAUAAAAGAAUUUAUUUUUUGAAUAAAGGACCCACAUAAUUGGUUAAGUGGGUGUUGAAAAAAAUGGGCGAAAAAAAAACUAUUUUCCUUUUUGAAGUAUUCAUCAUACGGCAACGAAAACCAAGAGCCGAAAGAAGAAGGAGCAUUUAUUGAAUACGAAAAAUUGGAUAAAAUGGAGAAUCCGGCGGUUUUUCAAGUCGGACAUUCGACAACGGCUAUCAACAGAACAUAUAAUAAUAUUAUUGGAACCGGAGCGAGAAGUGGAUUUAGAGUGAGUUUGGGGAAAGGGCUGGAAAUAUGGUAGAUCAAGUUUUGGACUCUAGUUUUUAAUUUUUUUUUUUAAUUGUUUAUAGGUUUAAUUUUAAGGUUAGAAAGUCAAGGGAUUUUAAGUCGAGAAGUUAUGAUUGAAAGUUUAAGAUAUCAAAUUUUGAUCUAGUUUUAUAAGGUUUUUCUCCGUUUGAAAAGUAAAACUCCAAUUUUGGAGCCUAUAAAAUCCACGUGGUCCAUUUUUAAAUCCAUUUUUUUCACCAAACAACACUGUUUUGACAUUUAUGAACUUAGAAAUUUUUGAAUAAAAAUUUGUUUUCUUCAAAGAAGUGUAGCUCCAAAGUUUGAAAAUUUUCAAAAAUCAAAAUUAGGUCAUGAAAUCCACGUGGCAAGUUUGAAUUUGAAUUUUCGGGUGGUCAAAAUUUUCUAAAAUUUUCUCUUGAAAUCUGAAAAGUUUUCAGCAACUUCCAGCUUUUCUAGAAUUUCAAGACCCAGUUCCAUAAAUGCCACGUGGCAUUUGAGUGCCCAAAAAUUUCCGGGUUCUUUUUUUCUCGGUUCCCCAUGAAAAAAGAAAAAUAUGUGUUCACCCCACAUUUUCUUUUGUUUUUUUUUCAUAAUCAAAUUUUUAUUAGUCCCGAUUUCUUUCAUUUCUCCUCAUUUUUCAUCGUUUAUUUUAUUACAAUUUUUUGUGCUGAAAAUCGAAUAUGCUGAAAAAUGGUGGAGUUUUUAGAAAGAAAUGGAUUUAUCAUCGAAAAAAGGUAUGAAUUUCAGAUUUCGAGCGAGAAUUUUUUGGAAUCAUUUUGUAGGAAAUUUUAAGAGCUACGAAACGGUGUAGGUUAGAGUUUUUGGAACUUUCUGGAACACUUUCUCAAAAGAUUCUCUUGAAGUUUACUGAUCAAAAGGUCAGGGGAUCGAUUUCCACUGAAAGCAAAAAUUUUUAUUUUCAUUUUCUGCAAAAAAGAAAAAUUUCCCACUUGUAUCAAAUUGCUCACUUUGUCUCCAGAAAAAAAAAAGAAAAAAAAUUUUUUGACUUUUUUUGGAUUAACAAACUAUCUAUUUCAUUCUUCUUUUUCUUUCGUUUUUUGAGAGAAAAACCAAAAAACUUUUUUCUUCGCUUCAAGAUUUUUGGCGUAGGAAUUUCCAAGUGUUAUCCACGUGGAUCUCAUCUUGGCGCCAUUUUCUUCCAGAUUUUUCGUGCCAAAAUUUUUAGCUACUUAAAAAUGUAUGAAGUUCCAAGUUUUUCCCAUUUUUGAACUUUUUUUAAAAAUUUUCUUCGGCUUUUUUUGUUGGAAUUCCCAUGAAAGUGGUUUGUUUUAUUGCGAAAAAUGUUUUCUUUUUGAAAAAAGUUUGAAAAUUUUCUGAAACUUGGACUUUUUUGGAGAUUGUAGACCCUCGAAAAAUUUUUUUUCAAAUUUUUUCGAGCGAAAAAAAAUUGGCUCAUAGAAAAAUCUUGUGUUGUUAUUUUUAUUUUUUUUUGUAGGAUUUUUCACAUAAAAUUUAUGAGGCCGGAAAAAUUGGGAGAUUUUUUUAUUGAUAAACAUUUUUAGAAUUUUGAAUUUUUUUAUGAAAAUCUGAAAAUUUCAAUUUUUUUUCUAGAUGCCAACCUCAAAUUCUGGCACCAAAAAUUUGGAUUUGAAAGAUGUGGAAGACGGAGCAAAGUGUCGAAUUCGAGAAUGUCGAUUGGGAUGGAAACAACAUGCAUGGAGGUAA